UGAGAGUCUAUGGUGAACAGCUGACUGCGGUACAAAUGUCACUGCGCAUGAGCGGAAGUAGGCGCGGGGCAGAGAGGGAUAGCGGAAGAGGGAGUCUGGAAAUCACAAACAUGAACAAGCUGAAAUCCUCUCAGAAGGAUAAAGUUCGCCAGUUCAUGAUCUUUACCCAGUCAAACGAGAAAACAGCCUUGAAUUGUUUGUCUCAGAAUGAUUGGAAACUAGACGUUGCUACAGACAACUUUUUCCAAAAUCCUGACCUCUACGUACAGAAUCUAAAGGGAACACUAGACCGGAAGAAGUUAGAACAGCUUUACAAUCGGUACAGAGACCCUCAAGAUGAUAACAAGAUUGGUAUAGAUGGAAUCCAGCAGUUCUGCGAUGAUUUGGGACUUGAUCCAGCCAGUGUAAGUGUUCUGCUAAUAGCUUGGAAGUUUCGGGCAGCAACACAAUGCGAGUUCUCCAAACAAGAAUUUAUGGAAGGAAUGGCAGAGCAAGGGUGUGACAGUAUAGAGAAACUCAAAGCACAGCUACCCAGGAUGGAGCAAGAGUUGAAGGACCAAGGGAAAUUUAAAGACUUCUAUCAGUUCACAUUCAACUUUGCUAAGAAUCCAGGACAAAAGGGCUUAGACCUAGAAAUGGCAAUUGCAUACUGGAAUUUAAUAUUGGCUGGGCGUUUUAAAUUUCUAGAUCUAUGGAACAAAUUUUUAUUGGAGCAUCAUAAGCGAUCCAUUCCCAAAGACACAUGGAACCUUUUGUUAGAUUUCAGCACGAUGAUCACAGACGAUAUGUCAAACUACGAUGAGGAAGGAGCAUGGCCAGUACUUAUUGACGAUUUUGUGGAGUUUGCGCGACCGUACAUUGGCACCAAGAGCACAGCUGUAUAAUUACACUCCUUCUGAGGGCCGUCUGGACCUCACUGAAAACAAACAGCUUCUGCUGAGCACAGAGGACUGAACUGAGAUCUGCAUUGCCUUUUCCAAGCCCUCAGGACUGAGACAUUUCUA